GAAUGCAUGUUGUUGACAUGUAAUGAACAUAACCUCUCCGUCAGUAUUUAAAAUGUUGAUAAAACGCAAAUUAUUCAAAAAAUGGCAACUGUUAAGAUGUAUAAAGUACUGUUUUGUUCAUACUAAUAAAACAAAAUGGCAAAGUGUAGUUGGUUUAGAAAUCCAUGCACAAAUCAAUUCUAAGAGCAAACUGUUUUCUGAUGCUUCUACAGACUUUGCGGGAUAUGUAAAUUCAAAUACCAGCCUGUUUGAUGCCGCAAUUCCAGGUACUUUGCCUGUGCUUAAUAAACAGUGUGUGAAGGCAGGUGUUUUAACAGCGCUGGCUUUGAACUGCCAAAUUAAUUCCAUUUCAAUGUUUGACAGGAAACACUAUUUCUAUUCAGAUUUGCCAGCUGGCUAUCAAAUAACCCAACAGCAUCUUCCGUUGGCCUCAUCUGGUCAUUUAGAAUUUCAAGUUUUUAACCCUAGUAUACACAAAAUACCCUAUUCAACAAAAGUAAGAUUAAAACAGCUACAAUUGGAACAAGACAGUGGAAGAAGCCUGCAUGCCGAAGAUGUUAGCCUUGUUAAUCUAAAUAGAGCAGGUAUACCGCUCAUGGAGCUUGUCUUUGAACCUGAUUUAAAAGAUGGUGAAGAAGCUGCAGCCUUAGUUAAAGAACUACUGAUCAUCUUAAAACGUUUGAACACUUGUUCAUGUAAAAUGGAGGAGGGUUCCCUACGAGUCGAUGCCAAUGUUUCUGUUAAUAGAGUGGGAGAACCUAUAGGAACUAGAACUGAAAUUAAGAAUAUAGGAUCUAUCAGGGGAGUAGCAUCUGCUGUUACAUAUGAAAUACAAAGACAAAUUGACACUAUAAAUGCAGGAGGGAGUGUUACUAAUGAGACACGAGCCUGGAAUGCUGUUCACAAAACUACAGUUGGAAUGCGAGAUAAAGAAGAAAAACAAGAUUAUCGUUACAUGCCUGAACCUAAUCUUCCACCCUUGUAUGUAGCGCUAAAUUCACUUCAGAGGGGAUGUGUUAAUGUUGAAGAAUUAAAAGUUACUUUGCCUGAAUUGCCCCACCAGACAAGGAAACACUUAAUGGAUAAAUAUGGCUUAACACCUGUGCAAGCAAUUAUUUUAGUUAAUGAGAAUGAUCUCCUUGAAUUAUUUACUUCAGUAAAAUCAAAAGAUACAGAAACUGAUUAUUGUCUUGUGGCAAAUAUUAUUAUAAACGAUUUCUUAUCAUUGGUUCAUAAAUAUGAAAUGGAGUUGGAGAACGUACCAUUUAGAGGAGAACAUCUUGGUGAAAUAGUAGAACUGUUACAAGGAAGAAUUAUAAACAAAAACACAGCAAAAUUAGUUAUUCAAGAAAUAUUGAAUGGAAGCAAAGAAAUGCCAAAAUCCAUUAUCAAGGAAAAAAACUGGACAUUGAUGACAAAUAAAGAACUUGAAACCCUCUGUAACGAAGUUAUAGAAGAGAACUCUAAAAUUGUGAAACAAUAUAAGGCUGGAAAGACAAAGGUUUUUGCAGCAUUAUUAGGCAAAAUCGCUAAUAAAUCGAAUCAAAGAGCUGAUAUGAAAAAGGCAGACAGUAUAUUAAAACAGUUACUGAAAAAAUAAUUUUAAUAAGCUCUUUGAAGUCAUUAUAAUGCUGUUAACCUUAGUUUUGUAAAUAUAAUAAAGAAAAUAUUAUGUACAGAUCACAAAGAGUAGCUUUCAUAGUUAUUGUGUUCAAGAAUUGAUGUUUGUACCAUAAACAAUAAAUAUGUAUUACUAAAA